AUGAAUCUCAUAGGUCGGCGCUGUCAUCGAGUAUCGGUGGACCGGUUGACGCUAAAGCUUUUGACAUUAAUCGAGGGCAAAGGUCAGGGCGUUGCCGUUAUGCUGCAUGGGCCUCCAGGUGUCGGCAAAACUCUCACUGCUGAGACCAUCGCCCUCGCAACUGGACGUCCACUUUUUACCGUAUCGGUCGCGGAGAUCGGUAUCGAGCCUCCGGAAGUCGAGAGGAAAUUAUCUGACGUGUUCGCCGAUGCUGCUCGUUGGGGUGCUGUGCUAUUCAUCGAUGAAGCAGAUGUAUUUGUGGAAGAGCGAACCAAAUUUGACCUGAAAAGGAAUGCCAUGGUUUCUGUUUUCUUGAGAUGCUUGGAGUACUACGAUGGCAUCAUCAUCAUGACCACCACCAAUAGGAUUACAUCAAUCAACGUAGCCGUUCAGUCUCGAAUCAUUUGGCCAUCUAGUACCACGAUCUAA